AUGAAACUUUUGGCAGUCACAGCUUUUUCAGCAGUUUUCGGACAGAGCUCGGUUCUCUUCGGAGGCGGAGACGAUUACAUGACUGAGGAGUAUGGAGACGAUGGCGCAGAUCAGGAUGCUCUCGACCUGGCGCGAGCGAACAAGACGCCGGGCAAGAUUCCUGGCUCUCGAAAAGGAGGAAGAAGGAAGAUGAUCAACGGAAUGGCGACAAAGAACUUUUGGGAAUUCGAGCAGUACGGCUGCUGGUGCUUGGAGAAUAAGGGUCGAGGACAGCCACAGGACGAGCUCGAUUUCGCCUGCUUCGCCCAUUCCAAAUGCUGGGGCUGUGCCCGAGCUGAAAACGGCAAGGAAUGCGAUGGCCUUCAAACUUCCUACAAUUGGCGAUUCAUCAAGGAUGGCUCCACCGGCGUCAACAUCGAAAUCGCCUGCCUUGAUCAGGAUCCAUGCAAGCGGGCGAUUUGCGAGUGCGACAGAAAAUUGGCGCUGAAUCUUCGCGACUUCGAAUACGUCUACAACUCUCAAUUAAGAGACCAAUCUUUAAAAGCCGACCAGUGCAAGACUGCCAACAAGGGCCCGGUUUUAGCUGGACGAUCACUAGCUCUUGGAGAAAAAGAGAAGAAGGCAGAACUGGACUCUUGCUGCGGCGAUGAGAUUUUCAGGUAUCCUUUUGCGACAAAUGGUGGACUAAGAGCUUGCUGUGGAACGAGGACUUACAAUACGGAGACAUUGGAAUGUUGCUCGCAGGAGGAUUCAGAUAUCCGGUCGAUUGGAAUGUGUCCUCUUUAA